AUGCAAUUCCGUCUCCGCGGUGGUAAGGGAAGGGUUAACGGGGAAAGGGAGAUCGACCUCGAUGACGUGGCCUCCGGCUCUGGUGAUGUACGCCUCCACCGAUUUCUUCACGGCGCUGUCCCCGGGGUUGAAUCGGCUCUCGGCGAAGGACCAGGCGCAGUGCUGGAGGAAGAUCGCGGCGGCGGUGGUGGCGUUGUCGACGAGAUGGAGGCUGCGCGGGAUGGAGGCAGUCUUUGA